GAAGUGGUGGCGGCGGCGGGGGAGGCGGAGGAGGUUCUCAGUCCUACGACUUCAGAGCGGCCUUGGGAAGAGGUUCGUCCUCGGGGUGGGGCGGGCCUGAGGAAACGCUCCGGGGUCUAGUGGCCCUAUCAAGUGCCUCCUGGCCGUCCCCGCCCCUUCCCCACCAACUCAGUGACCGGGAUGCAGACCUCAGAGCGAGAGGGCUGUGGACCGGAGGUGAGCCCCAGCACCGUCCCCGAGGCUACCCUGGAGUCUCUACCUGUUGCUACCAGGUCGCCGGCAUUUGAUCUCUUCAACUUGGUUCUGUCCUACAAGAGGCUGGAGGUCUACCUGGAACCCCUGAAGGACGCCGGCGAUGGGGUCCGGUAUUUGCUCAGGUGGGAGAUGCCAUUGUGUUCCUUGCUGACCUGCCUGGGCCUCAACAUCUUGUUCCUCACCUUGAACGAGGGGGCCUGGUACUCAGUGGGUGCCCUGAUGAUCUCAGUGCCCGCCCUGCUGGGCUACCUUCAGGAGGUUUGCCGGGCACGGCUGCCCGAGUCUGAGCUGGUGAGGAGGAAGUACCACAGCGUGAGGCAGGAGGACCUGCAGAGAGUUCGCCUGUCUCGCCCCGAGGCCGUGGCUGAGGUGAAGAGCUUCUUGAUCCAGCUGGAGGCCCUCCUGAGCCGCCUGUGCUGCACCUGCGAAGCUGCCUACCGCGUGCUGCACUGGGAGAACCCCGCUGUGUCCUCACAGUUCUAUGGGGCUCUUCUGGGCACGGUUUGCAUGCUGUACCUGCUGCCUCUGUGCUGGGUCCUUGCCCUUUUAAACAGCACACUCUUUCUGGGGAAUGUGGAGUUCUUCCGAGUGGUGUCUGAGUAUAGGGCAUCUCUGCAGCGGCGGAUGAACCCCAAGCAGGAAGAGAGUGCCUUUGAGAGCCCGCCACCGUCAGAUGCUGGGGGGAAGGGCGCUCUGGCGGACUGCACUCCUGCACCCACGCCCACAGAGGACCUCACGCCAGGCAGUGUGGAGGAGGCGGAGGAGGCCGAGCCCGACGAGGAGUUUAAAGAUGCGAUUGAGGAGACCCACUUGGUGGUGCUGGAGGAUGACGAGGGGGCCCCGUGCCCGGCAGAGGACGAGCUGGUCCUGCAGGACAACGGCUUCCUGAGCAAGAACGAGGUGCUGCGCAGCAAGGUGUCGCGGCUCACUGAGCGGCUCCGCAAGCGGUACCCGACCAACAACUUUGGGAGCUGUACGGGCUGCUCGGCCACCUUCUCAGUGCUGAAGAAGAGGCGGAACUGCAGUAACUGUGGGAACAGCUUCUGCUCUCGGUGCUGCUCCUUCAAGGUGCCCAGGUCCUCCAUGGGGGCCACAGCCCCCGAAGCCCAGAGAGAGACUGUGUUUGUGUGUGCCUCGUGUAACCAGACCUUGAGCAAGUGAGAAGAGGGGCCAGGGUCCAAGAGGCCGCCUGUCCCCGGGGCCACCAGUGGACCCUGCUCUCCCCAUCCUUAGCCUUGGGCAGAUGUGGUCUGAAUGCUAGGUAGGCUUCCCCUCCCUGCCCCCACCGUCUACAUCUGGGUUCUGGAGCGGUCCUCCACUCCUGCGGAUGGCCAGUAGUGGUUGCGUCCCGACCAGGACUGGCGUGUUUGCCCUGCUCUGAUCUGGGUGUUAGGGAACUCAGGGCUGGGCGGGAAAUAGAAGUUAGAGGGCAGCAGUGAGCCAGGCCUGAUCUGGACUGGUCUUCUGGGCAUCUCUGCAUGCCUGGGAGUUCUCUGAGGCCGGAGGUCAGAGAUCAGAAAAAGCGCUUCUUCCCCCGCUGGGUACUGGGCCAGGCCCUUGUCCUCCCAGAGCCUGCAGAAGGGCUUGCACUGUGUCCCAGUUCUGCUGUUUGAGUGUUCCUGCAGGCGCCAGGAGCUCAUCAUUUCCCUGCCAGAGGGCACGGCCAGGACUAUCAAGAUCAAAAGUACUUCUAGAAACAAGGUCAGAGUUCCCCGAUUCUCUCAGAGGAGGGCCUGGCAGAACCCUUCAGUAUUAAGCAGAGCAAAACACGGGGAGCCGCAGCAGCUCAGAGGGCCUCAGCCCCAGCCUGUAGGACCCUGGCUUACAGACUCUCAGCGCCACCCUGCAGGACCCUGGCUUACAGACUCUCAGCCCACAUGUUAGCCUAGUGUUUUCAGCUCUGCCGGGAAGAUGCUGGGCACUCAGUCACUCUUGCUCCCCGUGUUCAGAGCCUUGGCCACCCUCCUCUGGCCUAGAGCUACAGCUUCCCUCACUGGCCCCUCGUCCCAUGGAGUGAGUGUGAGGCCAGGUAAGCUCAGCAGAGGUCCUGAAGCCCUUGACCUCUGGGCGCCUGGGAAGUGUGGGGUCUUGCUAGGCUGGUCUCAGAUUCCAGGGCUGAUCUAUAGUAGGACAGCCUCAGUUACGGGAUAAGGCCACCUGGGGUGCGCAUCCCGUUGGCAACAGUUUUGUGUUCACCCUGGACUCUCAAGGGCUCAGUGUCUCUUCCUAAGCCAUGAGCGGGCUCAGGCACCCCUUCCUUCCCCAGGAACUUCCCUGCCUUUUUGAAGUAUUUAUUUAUUUAUUGCAUGAUUCCCGGGAACAUGGGGCACAGGGAAUGGGAUCAGGAAGAUGGGGCCUCUCCCCUGCCCUAGGGAGCUCCCCUGGACUCAUGGGCUGCCUGGAGCUCAGAGCUUGGGAGGUGGAGACAUUUCUAUACUCUCAGCUGGGACGUGAGGAGGCAGGCUGGGGGUCAGGGCUCAUCCUAGGCCAGCUUUCUUUCCCGGCCAGCCAGUCUAGGAGCCAGGGGCCUGCCCCAGGCCCAGAGGGGCAAGUCCCUGGGGAGCCAGGCAGGCCUUGGUAGACCCCCUUCCUCAAGUUCCUUGGUCCUGUUGAGAUAUGAGUUAAGUGCUCAUGCUUUAUUUACAUUGGAGAGGAACUACAAGGAUGUCUGUAUAUGGAGAAUUGUCAAUAAAAAGGCCUCAAGCUUCCUA